CUGCCGGCGGCCCUGGGCGCCGCGGCCGCCCGCAGCCCGGCAUGGAGGAGGACGAGGCGGGCGCGGAGCCGCGGGGCUCCUGCCGCCGCUCGCCCAGCCCUGGCCGCCUGGAUGUGAGCUCCAGCCGCUUCGACCCGCUGCUGGCGCUCUACUCGCCGCGCACGCCGCUGCCCUUCCCCGCCGCGCCCUGCUUCAACAACCUCGCCGAGUACGAGAGCUUCCAGCGCGGCCUGCGCCGCCCGCACGGCCGCCGCGGUGCCCCCGCCGCCCGGGGCCGCGCUGCCCCCGCCGCCCGCGCGUCCCGCCGGGGCCCGCCCGCCCCCGACCCCGAGCGCAUCCAGCGCCUCCGCAGCCUCAUGGUCAACGCGGGCCCCGAGCAGGAGGCGGCCGAAGGCGGAACGGCGACGCGGCGGCGGCGGGCACCGCGCAAUGUCCUCACCAGGAUGCCCCUCCAUGAAGGCAGCCCACUGGGGGAGCUCCAUCGCUGCGUCCGAGAUGGUGUCAGAAUUAAUGUCCACAUCCGCACUUUCAAAGGGCUUCGUGGAGUCUGCACAGGCUUUUUGGUUGCAUUUGACAAAUUCUGGAAUAUGGCCCUGACAGAUGUGGAUGAGACUUACAGGAAACCAGUAAUGGGCAAAGCCUUCUAUGCAGAACCUCAGCUCUCACUGACCCGACUGUUUGACAGACUCAAGCUGCAGGAAUCCUCGGGGAAGAAGGGAGCUGACUCAAAGACUGUCUCACAGCAGCUGGCCCUGACAAAUGACUCUCAGAUGCUGAGUUUGAAGGCUGGAUCUGGACGAGGGAGAGCAGAAGAGGAGCGUGAGAGGCAGAAACACUUGGGCAGAGCUGGAGAGAAGAUUCCAGGUGACAGAAGUGAAGCUGAUGUGGGCAGCAGGACUGCCCACACGGAGGGGGCCAGUGCUGCUGGGGCCCGAGCGAGGAGCCAGCCCCGGCGGAGGAGGCGGCCCAAGGUGGAUUAUCAGCAGGUGUUCACACGCCACAUAAACCAGAUCUUUAUUCGAGGAGAGAAUGUCUUGCUUGUCCAUUUAGCACAUUGACUUGGCUGAGCCUUUGUCAGCGUAUUUAUUUGAUAGCAUGACUUGCUGCUGCAGCUCCCAUUGCUAUUUAGAGUUGUCAUUGAGUAGGAUGGUACCAUGGCUGGUUUCCCAUUGCCACCUUAGGGCAGGGGAAAGAAUUGUAACUUGAGCAUCCUGGGCUUGAUGCCAAAGCAGCCUCCUUAGAUCCCUGAUGGGGGUCUCAGGAGAAGGUCAGCAACACUGUUGUUUCUGUGAUGUGAGGGAGUCAAGCACAAAUCCCACUCUUUCUUAAAAAGAAGCUAAAUGGAGAGGGUUGUAAGAGAAUUUUGGUGUACUCUGUUACAGGAACUACUUGUGGCACACAUUUAAGGAUAAGAUCUGGACCUGCAAUAAAUCAGAAAUGCUCUUUUGCACAUUCUGAGUAGUAUCAAGAGGAAAUUGCUAAUGAGACCAACAGUUUAUCUGCUGCUGUUACAUGGAUGUCCUCUUUUCCAGACAUAAUUCUGAUGGUAAUUUUGAAACUGUUUUUAAAACAUUGGAGUCACAUCCUGCUGAUGGCUACUGGCCUCUUUGCCAUAGUUAGCUCUGUAAUGCUCUGUGUGAUAGAAAACCUCUUAAUUGUAAAGUAGUCUUUUAAUGUGGGUGAUGGCAAGACUGUAACUUGUUUCCAGUAUCAAAGCUUAGGCUCUCUUUGUAAUGUUGUGCUUUGGCCCUGUGUCACCAGCAAGCAGAUGAUGUAGCUGACUCAGAGACCUCCUUGUUUGGAGUUUAUCUGUGGGUGAAGAUGGAAAACUAUCCUUUUCUAUUUCAUCCACUUGCUACGUAGUGUAAGAGUGAAGCUGGCAAAGAUUGGGUUUUUCUCAGGUGUGUUUGUGUUGAGCACACCUGUCCUGUAUUUAAACACCUUUCAGGCUCCCUCUAUUGAAACCAGAGCUGCUGUGUCUCCAGCAGUUCUCAUGGAGCAGGAAUCUUCAUGGGUCUUUCUUGUCCAUGUGAGGGAUGCAUCAUCUAAUUCCAGCUGAGCUUUGGAGAUGUGCCUGAAAAGGUUUUGAAGUAUAGAAGUCAAACUCAACUCAUCAGUGUUUCAUUUCAGCAAGGCUGUUGAAUUACUGCAGGUCAGGCCAGGGUUCUGCAGGUAUAAACUGCUUUCCAAAAAACCUACCUGCAGAAGUUUGAGGGUAAAUGAAGCUGUUCCAUUAUGUAGCCUGUUCCCUUUGUUGUCAAAGGAGAUUUCAUGCUGCUAUUCUGUAUUCAUCUCAACUGCCUUGUGCUUUGCAGCAGCUCUGUGUGUUUAAGCUGAAGUUGGGAAAUUGCUUUAUAGCAGGACUUAUAUUGCAUAUAGAUGCCCUGAGUUCUCAAAUUGAGUGGUUGUACUGUGGGUGACAUGGAUUUCUGUUGCUGCAGAUGCAGCAUUCUGCUUGCUUGGUCAUUAGGGAUAUGUCUGGUGUUUGGGUGAAUCACAGAAAUCAUUUAGCAGGCACUCUGGACACACAAAGCAGCUGUUUGCCUCUGGGGGAGCUUGAAACUUAUGUCAACAUUUCAUAUGACAUGGGGCUUGAUGAGCUCAGCCACUGAGCUCAAAGCCAAGUUCAGCCUGGGACAGAAUAAAAAGUACUGUUGAGGCAAAAUAGUUUCAUCAAGGGAGAAAAAGAAAAGAAAAAAAUUAAAUACUCUCUGCAGAUUCUUCUGAAACAUUGCUUUACUACUGUAAUCCCAUCCCUCUGUGAACUGAGACUAGGCACUGAAAAGAUUCUUCUCAUGGAGGUUCUUGUUUCCCCUCCCUUCUUUACUGUUCAUGUUUGUGUUCAUGUGCUCUGCAGUUUUUCCCUUUUUUUCCUUCUUUUUUUUUUUUUUCCUUUCUCCUGUCAGUACUUUGUCUCCUCGGGACAUUCUAAACUCUGGUUUACAAAGACUGUUCUUGUUGUCCUGGCUUUCUGCACCCUUUCCUGGUUGGCUUUCUAUGUACUAACCAGAACCCUCACAAAUUAGCAGAAACAUGUGAAGCUAGAAACAAGGUGCUUAUCUCUGCUCCUGACUUCCCAGCAGCUUUUAUUGCAAGUGAAUAUUUUCUUGCUUAUGGUUGUGGGGAUUUUCCUCUCUGUUUUCUGGCAGCUUUGUUCUUAUUUCAGCUGCUUGGGAUGACUCCUCUCUGCCUUUUCUAUCAGUACCAAAGGCCACUGCUUCUGACCUCUCCUCUUUCUUUCAUAUUUGACCAAAGGGUGUCAGAUCACCCUCAGGCUGACAUACAGUGACAGUUCAUUGAAUUCUCGCUUUUCUUCACCUCAUAUUUUUAAAUCUGUUUGUCUGCCUAGUUUAUGCCAUGUGCAUUAACUAAGAUACAACUACCAUGAAUGUUUUUGUGGCUGUGCUGCCUUUCCUGUUGAUUGACACUUCCCCAAGUUCUCAGUUGCUGCUGGAAGUCUCAAUGUUUCCUUUCAUAAUGGAUUUUUCCCUAAAACCUUACAGAUGUUUGUUGCUUCACAUCUACGAGUUUCUUUGUUUACAUUUUAUGAGAAAUGCUGGUGCUUAGACUUAAGUUUGUGCCUUGAUUUUUAUAUCAUCCCUGACCUGUUCUUCCAGAAUCAUCACCUUGGUGAGUAAACCUGGUUAAGGAUUAUCAAUUACCUACAUUUUUUGCACUACCUCAUUGUUAAAAUGUUCCUCCUCUCAUCUGUGAAGUUGGUUAAACUGCUCUCUUCCAAUUUAGAUUCAAUGAAUUCUUUGCUGGUUCUUCAUUUGUAUCCUACUUUCCUGUCCACCUUCCUCAUUAUUUCCAAGCUGCUUCCUAAAUACUGCUGCUUCCUUUUCUACAACUUCAGAUCUUCCAAAAUGUCUUCCUUUUCCCACUUUUUCUGGCAUUGUGUAUUUUUAAAAUGCAUUAUUAAAAUGCUGUCUUAUGGAUUUUGCCUCUUUCAAGCAUCGUGAUUGUGAUGAAGCAAGUGAUCCUGUAGGUGUGUUGUCACUUGCUUGUUCAAUACUUCAGAAAACAUUGCUCUUUAAAUAAAAUUGAAUGUCAUGUUCUGAAAUGGGUUCUUCUACCUCACUGAAAUAUUCUCCUAAAUCUGUUUUUAAAAGAAGAAGAAAACAACCUUUGGAACCAAAUGAGCUUUGGAUUUCAGUGUUUUUUUUAAAUUGUUUCUGGUUGCUUCUUUCUGUGGUUUUCCAAACUCAACAUAAAUUUUUUUGUUCAAGAAGUUUUUUGCUCUCAGCCCUUCAUCUCUUGCUGCAGUGAUGCUGUUAGCACAAACACCAAAGUCUUUGUGCUGAGGAAUGAAGAGUAAGAAACAAAGAGCAACGUGAGAGUGAAAAAGCUUUGGGCAAAUAUGAAAACCUCCCUAGAAAGGAUCCACAGGUGCCACCUGUCCUGUAUUUCUAGGACUUUGCUCAGCCUGGUGCUCAGCAGUGGUUCUUAAAGUGUGUUUGGGGUGAGGUACCAGUUACUGCAGGGAGCAGUUUUCUGCAAUAACUUCAAAGAAGAGUUGGGAUAAUUUGGGAAAGUUUUAAAAUAAUUUCUAAUUUCUGGAAUUGUGUCUUAGGAAAUGUUUUUGCAGAGAUGCUUUGUUUUUAUCAAACACUCCUUGGGCUGUGGUUGUAGAAAAGGUAAGGCCAAAGGGAAAAAAAAUCUUAUGUGGGUUUGGUUCCUUCUCUCAACUGACUCAUCCGGCUUGUUAAUUGCCUGGAAGGGUUUUUUUGUGACCUAGAGUGAAGUACUUAGCAUGUCCUCUGCAGGUGAUUACUGAAUUAAUCAGUGAGUGCUGUUUUCCAUCUGCUUCUUCUCCUUCAGUGUUUGGAUUCAUUGUUUCUUCUGCAGCAUCCCCUCAGCGAGCAGUGUCUCAGCAGGAGCAGGCCUGAGUGCCCACUGGUUUUUACCCUUCCCUAAAGGAAUGUUACCCCAUCCAGUUUUGAAUUCAAAGAGCCUUUGGCUGUUCUUGAUUUUCAUACUGAUCUCUUUAGAUUUUUUGAAUUAUUUGGUCAGAAGAAUUAUUUAUCUUGGAUAAUAUUACUUUUUAGAGUAAACUGAUUUUUUGAAACUUUUAAAAAAUAAUUUUUUUAACUUAUUUUCCUUCACAAAGUGCUAGGUUGUCCUCGUUUGUUUUUGCAGUCACCCACUUGCACCUGUGAAUCACUGGGUGAAGAGGGGUGCAGGAUAAAAAGAGGCAGAGUAAAAAGGUGUCUAAUUUUUAUUGAAUUUGACAUUCUGUCCAACAUGCUGCCCACACUCAGCCUUUCUGUUUCUUACUGGCACUGACCUAAGUGAGACAGGUGUAAAUGAUUUGAUCCAGAGUCUUGAAGGAAAAUGGAGCAGGGACAGCAGACUGAAAACACUGAGAUUAUGAAGAUGUUUAUGGUAAACUUCCUGUCUUUGAUUAAACAGAUCAGAGUUAUAAACAGCAACUUACACCACAAACUCUGCCACUGGAUAAAACUGGAAGGCAGAGUCUGCAGCUUUUCAGAGGUGAUGCAGUGAUUCCCUCAGCCAGGACAGCUCUUGCCUGAGAAGCUGCUCAGGUAUAUGCCAGUGUCUGCCUCAGAGCAUAGCUGCAAAUACUGCCAAUUAAUAUGAGGAUGUUUUCUAUCCUGCCUGCACUGCCAAGUGUAAAAUAUGAAUGCUGAGGUCUGCAGCAUCUGCAGCCCAGAACUACUUCAGUUCGUGCUUUCGCUUCUUGACGUUGGCUAAAAAAAUUCAAGUUUGUGCUAAUAGCAAUGCUAAGACAGUGUGUUAGAACAUUAGGAAAGGCUGCUGCUGACCAGAGAUAAUAUUUGACAAGUAAGUUUUUACAGAAUUUGUGAAAUUCUGAUUGUAAUUAAAGUGUUGCAAACCAGGAAAGACUUGAGAGAGUUGGGAUUGUUCAGCCUGGAGAAGAGAAGCUUUGGGGUGACCUAAUUGCAGCCUUCCAGUACCUGAAGGGAGCUUAUAAGAAAGAUGGAGAGAGACCAUUGACAAGGGCCUGGAGUGCCAGGACAAGGGGGAAUGGCUUCACACUGACAGGGAGUAGUGUUAGAUGGGAUAUUAGGAGGGGAAAGGAAUUACUCAGGUGGUGGUAACUCCUUGACAUGGGAAGUGGCUUUCUAACCUGUGCCUUGGGCACAAUCCUGCCAGCACUGGGCAGUUGAGCUCUGUAGAUGAAGGGGAGGAUGCUGAGGCAGCUCUUGAGUGCAGCCUCCCUUAUGCUGUGAGCCUUUCACAGCACCUGAAAAGCCCCUGGAAUCUCUGCCAGGCUCCAGCCCUAAUGACUGACAUGUUUGAUCCUGCCUCUCAACAUUUUGCAGAGGAAACCCAGUGGGAGAAGAAGGAACUAAGCAAAUUUGCCCUUUUGAGGUGGGGAUGGAGAAGGCUUGGUUUUCCUUGGCUUCCUGGGGUGCAGGAGCAAGGACUAUUUUAAUGGAGAAAUAGCAGAGUUACUUGUCUCAUGAUGUUUACAAGUCCUUUCAGAUGUCACUGUAAGUGCUCUUGCUCUUAGCUGGUGGAAGUGAAGGCCUGUCAGGGAAGGAAAAUGCCUCCUGAUGUUCCUGGAUAACUAUCUUAUUAGCUUCUAGCUUUCUGGGGUGCACCUGGAUGACUUUGUUGAAAAAGAAUUAGUACACCUGAGACUUUCAGUCAGUCUUGUAUUCGUUUAGAAUGAAAAGUAGUUUGAUCAGUUUGUGUGAAAACAUAUCCAUCCUUUUUUCCUCUCAAAAGAUCCGUGCUCUCCCUCAGGAAAGAAAUGAAAGCUGCUCCUAUAGCGAUUGCUUCUGAUUUCCACUGCUUCAGAGCAAAGUGCAGCUGUGCCAAGGUGUCUUCAGCUGACACGUUAUUCUGAGAGGACGAGAUGAGAGAAAUGUUUGGUUUCUCUCAAAUUAAAAUGGGGCAUUACAAGGGGAACAGAUGGGUUGACCUCUUUUCAAUGCUGCACACACCCACUGUAGUUGCAGGGUUGGGACUUGUUAACCAAUGAGUCACCUGUAAAACUUCCUUAGGGAGCCACAGAGGAGCAGCAUGAGCCACCAGACCGAUGUGGAAUUGGAAGUCAGGGGCUGACAAAUUCCACUCUCUUCACUGCCUCUUGCUCACUGAAUGGCCUUGGCAAGUCUCUUCCAUCCCUCUCCCUGACGCUCUACAGCUGUAGCACAUCCAGGAGCACUCCUUGCCUGUCUUGUGAGGAGCUGGGGAAGUGGUAAAUGCUGUACAAGUGCCACGUGUUGUUAUCAAAACUCUCUCUGUCAGGUAAUGCAGAUACAUCAACCCUCUGCCCUCUCCAGGCUCGUGACUGUUAGUUAACCUCACCUUGGCACACGAAAACCAUGUGGGGAAUCAGGUACAAAAACACUCUUCAGUCUUGCAAUCACUGACGUCUUCAAGGUCACAUUUGGUGACUUCAAUAUCUGUUUCACAGCUGCAGUUCCAUGUUUGGGUCAGAUGGUGAUAAAUGAGGGUGUAACUUGUUUGUAAUUCCUUCUCUGUCUUCCUAAAUAUUUUGUUUCUUAGGAAGCUGAUGCUGCUAUGAACAUAUUGGGUAAUACUGAAUUUGCAAUAUUCUGCUUUCCAGGUAUAAAUGUUUAUAUUUAAAAUUGCUAAGACUGCAAUGCAAUAAAUAUAUCCAUGUAACA